UCGAAAUUUCAUAUCUACCCACCCAUUUCCCCAGGGGCAAAAAUACUGGAUGAAAUCAACAAAGGAACUUGCAAGGCAGCUUGGCCUUCUUAGGCGUCAUUCAUCAGCUACACAGCAGUCUCGAGAUGUGAGGAAAGUUAAGAAAACAAACCAGGAGUUUGCGUAUCUCAUUGUGAUUGACUUUGAAUCAACUUGUUGGAAAGAGAAGAGAAAUGGCGGCCAAGAAAUCAUUGAGUUUCCUGCUGUGCUACUCAACACAUCCACCGGAUCUGUUGAGUCAGAGUUCCAUACGUAUGUGCUACCCGAGGAAAACACUCAACUCAGUGAGUUUUGCACAGAACUCACUGGAAUAACUCAGGAUCAAGUGGAGGCGGGGAUACCUUUAAGAUUUUGCCUUAGCAGGUUCUCCCGAUGGCUGAAGAAAAAUGAAGAGGAGAAGAAUAUUGUGUAUAACUGCGAAGAAGAGGGCAAGAAACGCUGCACAUUUGUUACCUGGUCAGAUUGGGAUCUGAGUGUUUGUCUUCAUUACGAGUGUCGUCGGAAACAGCUCCAGAAACCCCACGCUUUAACGAGCUGGAUAGACCUCAGAGCUACAUAUAGAAAGUUUUAUGAGCGCAAACCGAAUGGUCUCCAUGGCGCUUUGCAGGAUGUGGGGAUAGAGUUUCAUGGAAGACAACACUCUGGUCUUGACGAUGCCCGUAACACCGCCUCCCUAGCGUGGCGUAUGAUGUGUGAUGGAUGCCUCAUGAAGAUUACACGUACUAUGCCUGGGGCGCAACAGAUUAAACCAAAACCGGCAGCUCGUUCAACGACCAUGCAUCAUCAAAGCGUACACCUAACCACACCUGCUGAUAACAAGCACGAGCAUGGACUUGUGAGUCACACGCAGGGCAUUAGUAACGAGGCAGCGAGUAAUGGGGUCAUGUUCUCGGAAACAUCUGCAACGACUUCUCGUGGUUUUAAGAUCUGGGAGGAUCGUAUAUUUUCAGAGUCAGUUGUUAACGUGAUAAAACCUAAAACGUCAAUGCCGAGUUUGAAUGGAAACAACUUUGAGAUAAAUAAAAACUGUACAGUCCUACCUGUUCAAACUAGACUUUUAGAUCAGAAUCGAAGAGAGGAAUCCAAACCUUGUAAUACAAGGACAGAGAUGAAGUCAGUUCCACGGACCUUCAAUACCAAAGACAAUUUGAGCAGCCAUAGAAAGUCUAGAGAAGCAGUGACUAAUGGCGUGUAUACUGCAACAUCAUCUACAAAUGCAAAACUGUCUGCUCCAGUCAGUUCAAGGAACUCAAGUCAUUUUACCAAAGAGACAAGUAUAGAGUGCAUAAGUACAUGUACAUCAAAAGUGAUUCAAAAGCCUAACACAUUGUCAUCAUCUAAAACAUCUUCAACUACGACUUCCUCAACAUCUUCAAUCUUAAAAACCCCACUGAGUGAUAACCACAUUCGGUCGGCUUCAGUUGGUUCGAAUAACUUGAGUCAUUUUAUGAAAGAUACAAGUACAAAAUGCACUAGUACAUCAAGAAUAAGCCCAAAGCUAAACACCUCCUCAUCAUCUAAAACACCUUCACCUAUGAAUAGGAUUUCCUUAAAAAACACACUGAAUAUGCCCAUACAGGGUACAAGGAUACCCACCCCAUCCAGCGGGUUUAAGACGCCCUAUGCACCUGUACCCUACAGAACCCCGGGUUCAACAACCCCCAGAACACCCUUGCAGUCCAAUCACCCUACACCCUCAGGUUGUAAAAUCACCCCGCCCAUGUGCGGGUGUGGUCGUCGGGCUAAGAGGCGCACCGUUGUCUCACCCGGUCCUAAUAUUGGGCGUUUCUUUUACUCAUGCACGCUUGGACGCCGAAGCAGCGAGGUUGGGCUGCUGGACGUGACCAACCAUAAGAAAGGGUGUGGCUAUUUUAAAUGGGAGUCGAUGAUCUUAGCGGGGAAGCGACCUUUGACAUCACCUGCGACUCUGCAGAGUCAGAAGAUUGUGAAACGACAAGCCGUUGAAACUCAAAAUACAGCAGAAUUUACAUCACCUGCUUGCACUGUCCGAACCUUACAGGCUGGCUCUGGUAGAAAGAGACUUGGCAUCACAAUGAGGGAUGUUAUCCGCCAGAAGAAUCAGUUCAACAAAUCAUAGCGGAUAGAAAUGAAAUUAAGACAGUGGCAAAAUAAAACGGUAACAUAUAUCACAACAAAUGAAUGAAUGAUGUCAAAUUAAAUCACAUAUUUGAUUUCAGAAAAUGUUUUAUAUACACAAUUAAAUUUAUAAGUUAAAAGCAAACUGUACAUUAGCUAUAAGCACUAAGUGUUCACACUACCGAAACACAAUGUCAAUUAUUUUAUAACAUUGUUAUUCAAGAGAAUUGAAUACAUGUAACCCUUUGAUACCUAUUCCUCCUGGGGUGGAUUUCACAAAGAGUUAGGACUAGUCCUUUCGCGAGUUAGGAAGAGUUACUCGUCCUAACUUAGGA